AUGCCUGUUUUUAUGCAGACCUUCGCUCUGCUCGCAACAUGGAGUGCCGCCGUCAUUUCCGCCAGUUCCGUCCGCGUCUCCAAGUACGACCCACCCACCUGGAACGGACCACUGUCGAUAUACAAAACCCACGCCAAAUAUGGAGUCCCCAUUUCACCGGAGCUUUCGGCCGCUGUGAGACGCGCUGGUUUCGACACCGAAAAGUUAAACAAACGGCAGCAGCGACAGCAACAGGGCAGCGCCACCGCCUACCCAUACUAUGGUGACACAGAGUGGUUAAUGCAGGUAAAGGUGGGCACCCCGCCACAGUUCUUUAAUGCCCAGGUGGACACGGGCUCGUCCGAGUUUUGGGUGUUUUCCGACCAGCAUCCGACCGCCCGAGAAGCCGGCCAUAUCGUUUACAGCCCUUCGAGAAGCUUAACCGCGGCCUUUAUCCCCGGCCUGUCGUGGAACCAAACGUACGCCAGCGGGAACAGCGCGUGGGGUAACCAGGUGUAUAAUAAUGUUGUGCAAUUGGGCGAUGUUGUCGCCCAAUCCCAGGCUGUCCUUCCUGCGACCGCCGCAUCAGAGGGGUUUGUCAACUCAGCCUUCGAAAGUCUGUUGGGCCUCGAUUUGUUAGAAUACACCGCGACGCUACCGAUUGAAGCCCGGGGGCCACCAAACUUUUUCGGGACGAUAAAAUCGUCGCUACCGUCGCCGCUAUUUAGUAUGGAUCUUAAAUAUAAAAAACAAAGCCUUUUCGAUUUUAGCGUCGUACCUUCUAAUCGUUACCGCGGCCGGGUUAGCUGGGCGCCAAUACACCCCGUCCGCGCUAAAGGUAUUAAUUAUUCGCGGUGGAAUAUAACGGCGUUCGGGUAUGGUAUCGGCGACGCCAAAACGGUUCCCCUUAAACCCAGGACGAUAACGGGCGUUGUAGAUACGGGUACUACGCUGUUAUACUUAAACAAACCCAUCGUGGAAAAGUAUUACAGCAAAGUGCCGGGCUCCCGAUAUAAUCCUCUCAAGGCUGCCUGGUUUUACCCCUGCAAAAUUAGCCAUCUGCUUCCCGAUUUUUCGUUUGGGGUCGGCCCGGUCGGUAAAGCCGUUACUAUUACGAUCCCGGGUAAAUAUUUUAAUUGGUCGCCGAACGAAGUGGAGAACAAUGAGUGUUUUGGUGGCCUCCAGGAGUCGAUCGACUUUAAAGGGGGGAAAGCCUCUAUAUUUGGGACUGUGGCUAUAAAGGCCGUGUAUGUUAUUUUUGAGGACCCUCGCCCGGCAGCAAAUCCAAGGAUUGGCUGGGCUGCCAAGGAUGUUUAA